AUGUUUGUGGCAAUUAAGCAGGAAAGACCGUUCAUAAGCAUUGAAGGGAGAAAGAGAAGGAUAUCGACACGUUUCUAUAAUGCUCUUUGUGUGCUGAGUCUAGGAGGGGUCUACAUGGUUUGUAGAUAUCUGCCUAGUGUCAAACAUUUUCUGCUUAGUUCGCCCUGCAGCCUUUCUGAAGCAGAUUGCGCUAUAAUAACAUCACAGAACGGGAAAAGGGAGUUUAUUAAUGUUCUUUUUUAUGACACAUCUGAGAUUCCUUCGCUUAGAAGAUACUCCCAAGGAGGAAGGGCACGUGUGAUAGAUUCUCAGCUUUCUAGGCUUAUAUACGACGUUGUCUCUAGGAAGUUUGUCGUUCCACCAGAACAGAAACUGCUUUCCAGAGAUUUUGAAGAGCUUUACAGUAUGGAGGUUUCGAAGUCUUCUGAGGCUGAAAAUGCAGAGUCCAUACAAAGAAAUAUAUUUUAUGGAAAGAACAUCACAAACCUUCCCAUUCCUAGUAUUCCUGAGAUAAUUCUGAAGAAUGUAUUCAGUAUUACAUUCCUAUCGAAUAUGAUAUGCUUGUUUGUAUGGGAGUUCAUUGAGUACACCAAAUACGCAUUUGUAAUGGGAAUACUCAUGCUGUAUUCAUUUGUGUUUACAAACUGGGAGGAGAUUUUGCAUUCGAUUAGUAUGAGAAAGCUUGUGAAGAAGAGGAUGGUUAGAAUACUUCGAGGAGGAAGAUUUGUGAAGGUGGAUAGUCGGGAGAUAUAUCCUGGAAAUAUAAUGUAUAUUGAGCCGUGCAAGGAAUUUCCAUGUGAUGCUCUUGUUAUCAGAGGAGAUGCUAUAACAAAUGAAUGUCUCCUUACCGGAGAGGCUGUUCCAAUAUAUAAGAAUGCUGACCAGCCAAGCACUGUGUAUUCUGGGACUGAUGUUUUAAAGAGCAUCAAUACUGUACCGACGUUUACGAACCCAAGAAAUGAAAAUCUUUGCAGGGUUAAAAGUCUCACCAGCAAAAGCAAGCAGAGGACGACUGGAAUGGUUGGAUCUAUGCAUAUUCCCGAGAACUUUGCCAUUGGAAUGGUUCUCAGAACUGGUUUCCAAACUGCUCGUGGACAGAUUCUAAAGAAUAUGGUUAACUCAAAGCCUGUUCAUAAUAGAUUUAUAAAGGAAGCAGAGGCAAUUAUUUUUGGUAUUGCAGGGAUUGGAAUGAUAGUUUCUGUCGGCAUGGCCUACGUCUUCAAGAUGAUGGGGUUUGAUGCAAGAACAAAUCUUGUGUAUAACCUUGAUUUGUUUUUUACAUUAGCCAAUCCUGCUCUUCCAACAUAUCUAAGGCUUGGGGCCCAAUUAUGUUACAAAAAGUUGAUCAAGAAGAAUAUCUAUUGCAACAAUCUAAACAAGAUACACUUAGCUGGGAGGGUAGAUACGGCGGUUUUUGAUAAAACAGGAACACUAACGUGUGAUGGGCUUGAUCUUCUUUGUGUUGAUGAUCUCGUGGAGGCUACAGAUGAUAUUGAUAAGGUUAGCACACUUAUUAGAAUUGGGCUAAGUACAUGUCAUUUGGUUUAUGAACUAGAUGGAAGGUACUCUGGAGACACUCUUGAUCUGAAAAUGUUUAUUUUCUCCUCUUCUAAGCUUGUUCAGAAUGAAAACACAAGAAGUGUGGUUAUUGGGGGACAAAAUAAGAUAUAUGGUCCCAUUCUGAAGGAAUAUAACGACAGCGAGGAAAUGGUAUAUUACCAGAAAGACAAGACUCAUGGAAACAAGCUCGUUAGUGGGGAUAGCGGUACUUACGAAGAAUCAAAAGACACUUCCCCAGUAAUUCUUAACAUUGAUGGGGUCCAUGGACAUAAUAACUUAAAUGAGGGGUAUAAAGACGAUCAAGAUGAUGUUAUUAAUGCAAUGAUUGUGAAAACCUAUGAAUUUGAUUCUAACAUUAGAAGGAUGAGUGUGGUAGUAGACGUUGGAAGCAGGAAGUAUGUGUUUACAAAAGGAUCUCCCGAGUCUAUCCAGCAGAUUCUGAGGGAGUGCCCAAAAGGAUAUGAAGAAAAGGCCAAGGUGUAUUCCUUAGGAGGGUACAGAGUGAUAUCUCUAUCAUAUAAAGAAAUAAGCAAAAGUGUCGAUAGAAUUGUGGAUGAACACGAAAUGGAAUUUCUUGCUCUUAUAGUGUUUUCAAAUAAGCUCAAAGCUAAUUCCAAAAGAACUAUUGAAGAGCUCAACGGGGCAAAUAUAAGAAACAUCAUGUGUACCGGGGACAACAUACUAACAGCGAUAUCUGUGGGAAAGGAGUGUAAAAUUGUAGAGGAUUUUGUUCCUGUGAUAUUUCCUGUUCUUGAAGAAAAUGCAAAGUCUAUUUUUGAUGUUGAUUGGCUCUGUGUUGGAGAUGAAGAGGAGUUCACCUUUGACAAAGUGAAGCUAAGUCUGUAUAGAGGAAACGAUAGGGUUUCGAACAACGAGUUUGUUGUUGCUUGUGAAGGAAGGGAGUUUGACUUCUUUAGAAACACGCAUUACUUCCAAUUUAUUCUUGAGAAGGGUGCUAUAUUUGCUAGAUUCAAUCCCGGACAAAAGAAAGCCCUUAUAGAGAAUUUGAGGGCGAUUGGGAAGAUCACGAUGUUCUGCGGAGACGGGGCAAAUGAUAGUGGGGCUCUGAGUAGUGCUGAUGUUGGGCUUGCCUUAGCCCAGAAUGAGGCUAGUCUGGCAGCUAAUUUUACAUCUGUCGAUAUAGGUUCUUGCUUGGACUUGAUCAAGGAAGGGAGAUCGGCAUUUGUAACAUCGGUUGGCACAUUCAAGUACGUUGUCUCUUCUUGUGUGAUUGCAUAUGUAGGGCUUCUCUUUCUUUCUUUGAGAAAGAACUUCCUGAGUGAUAUACAGACAAUGCAUGCGGAUCUAUUUGUCUCUGUUCCCGUUACAUACAUGUUAACAUGCUUUGAUGCAUCUGACAAGCUAUUUCCUAGUCGUCCAGACAUGUUUCUUUUGCCCAAAAAGGAUUUUAUACCUUUCUGGAUAACUAUAGCCUUUGAGAGCCUAAUUCUCUUAGCUCUGUCCUGGUAUGGAGAAGCAAGCCCUGCUAUGAAUGACCAGUCUAUUGGAGCAGAACUUGUGUUUUUUGUCACGACGUUUAUUUAUAUUUUUAAUGGCAUGUAUCUGAGUGAAUGGUCUCCGUAUAGACAAAGCUUAAGAAGUAAUGUAUUAUUCAAGGCUUUCAUCUUUUUUGCUCUUUUGACAAGCAUUGCUCUUCUGAUAGUGGUGUAUAUAUUUCCUGAAUGGACAUCUCUAUGGCUAAAAGAAUACAAGUUUGUAAGGACAAGCGGAUUUGAGGUGGGGUUGGUGUUUAUCUCUAUGUUUUUGAUUGCCACUGUAGUGUUUAUAGUCCAACCUUUAAUUGGUAGAAUGUUUGAUGAGGAGAAGAAAAGAAGUAUGAUGGGAGGAGAUUCCUCUGAAAAUAUAUAG